AUGGUGACAAUCACCCAUUUCUCAACCCGCGAUGUGCGGUUCCCAACCUCCCUCGACGGCACCGGCAGCGACGCCAUGAACGCCGCCGGCGACUACUCCGCCGCAUACUGCAUCCUGCACACCGACGGCGCCCACUCCGGCCACGGCAUGACCUUCACCAUCGGGCGAGGCAACGAGAUCGUCUGCCAAGCCAUCUCCGUCCUCGCCGAGCGCAUCGCCGGGAAAACCCUGGAAGAGCUCGUCAGUGACUUCGGCGCGACGUGGAGAUAUCUCGUGUCGGACUCGCAACUCCGCUGGAUCGGGCCUGAAAAGGGCGUGAUCCACCUCGCGUUGGGAGCGGUGGUCAAUGCGAUUUGGGAUCUCUGGGCAAAGGUUCUGGGGAAGCCGGUGUGGCGGAUCGUCGCGGAGAUGACGCCCGAGGAGGUUGUGAGAUGUAUUGACUUUAGGUAUAUCACUGACGCGAUUACGCCAGAGGAGGCGAUCGCUCUGCUGCGGGAACAGGAGAGUGGGAAGGCGGAGAGGAUUCGGGAGGCGGAGCAGAAUCGUGCGGUUCCGGCGUAUACCACGUCGGCGGGCUGGUUGGGAUAUUCGGACGACAAGAUGAAAGCAUUGCUCCGGCAGACGGUCGACGAUGGCUACAAGUAUUUCAAGAUCAAAGUCGGCGGGAAUCUCGAGCAGGAUAAGCAUCGGCUGUCGAUCGCGCGCGAAGUGCUCGGCUUCGAUCGGGGGAACGUGCUCAUGGUCGAUGCGAAUCAAGUCUGGAGCGUGCCGGAAGCCAUCGAGUAUAUGCACCAAUUGGCAGAGUUCAAGCCGUGGUUUAUCGAGGAGCCGACCUCGCCCGACGACAUCUAUGGCCACAAGGCGAUACGAGAUGCCCUUCGCCCACUGGGAAUUGGCGUCGCCACGGGGGAGAUGUGCCAGAACCGGGUCAUUUUCAAGCAACUCAUCGUGCAGGGGGCGAUCGAUGUGUGUCAGAUCGAUGCGUGUCGGAUGGGCGGCGUCAAUGAAGUCUUGGCGGUGAUGCUCAUCGCGAAGAAAUAUGGGGUGCCGAUCGUGCCUCAUUCCGGAGGUGUGGCCCUGCCGGAAUAUACACAGCAUCUCAGCACGAUCGACUAUGUCGUAGUCUCUGGCAAGCUCUCCGUCUUGGAGUAUGUUGAUCAUCUACAUGAGCAUUUCUUCCACCCCAGCGUCGUCAAGGAUGGAUAUUAUGUCACUCCUACAGAACCGGGAUAUUCUGUGGAAAUGAAAGCAGAGAGUAUGGAUCGCUUUGAAUAUCCUGGGCGAGAGGGCGUGAGCUGGUGGCGAUCUGACGAGGCAAAACGCAUCUUAGAAGGCAUCAAAAUUUGA